CCCACAGCAGGUGAAUUUCCAGGUGAAUGCUUCGCCUGCUGCCUUUUCGGGGUUUGUGGACUCCAGAAGCGAGGAUGGUGAGAUUCGUGAGUCUAAUUCAGGGGACAGUGUAUUGUUGCAAGCCGUCAAGGCUUUGGGACCUCAUGACAGUGUCUCUGAGGAUAUUGAACCACAGGUGGCUGCUAUGGUCAAUUUGUUUUGAAAAAGGUCUCCAGGAAGAGGACUACAGGGCGAUUUCGGAGGACCCAGUCACCAGGCGUCCCAACAAUUGCCCUGCACUGGCUACAGUGGAGUGCAACCCGCAGAUCUCGGGUGCCCUGAAGACGGACCCAAGGAAAGCUGAUUCCCGGCUCAAGGAAGGAAAUCCUCCAGCAGCAGGCCCAGGAGCUUCUGGGGUAAAUCUACUUUUUGGAGCCACUCGGCGAGAUUCCAGCCCUACGGACAGCAGAGGUGGGGCUUCCGGAGUGGCCAACGGCAGCAUUUGGCGCGACAGGAUUCGGAUCCAAAAAACGCCAAAGGUCGGGGUCAUCAAAGGCCCCGACAGUAAGUGAGGUGGGUAACUCCUUUCUAGCAGGCAAGCUGCAAAACUUUUUACAUGAGUGGCAGAAAAUUACUAAUGACCCCGUAAUUUUGGACAUGGUGCAGCAUUGUCAUUUGGACAUAAAUGUUUAUGAUAUUGGCCACUUAUGGUUAACGUAUAAGUUUAAUUUAGAGGAACAGGCAAUUGUUAAUGAGGAGAUUAGGAAACUUUUGGAUCUCGGAGUUCUUGUAUGUACAAAGAGGAGGAAGGAGCAAAGUAUCUCACCUAUUUUCUUAAAACCAAAAAAGGAUGGUGGGCAUAGGAUGGUCCUCAACUUAAAAGACCUUAACAAACAUAUUCCAUAUAAACUUUUUAAAAUGGAAAACUUCGAGCAAACCAUUAGACUUAUCAAUGCAGGGGACUACUUAGCGUCAGUGGACCUUAGGCAUGCAUACUACACAGUGAAGGUUGCAGAAGAACAGCAAAUUUUUUUGUGUUUUAAAUGGGAGGACAAAAUUUACCAAUUUACUUGUCUACCCAAUGGGAUAUCGGAAGGACCUAGACUUUUUACCAAGUUGAUGAAACCAGUUUUUGCAUCACUGAGAGGAAAGGGCUAUUCUAUUACUAGCUUUAUUGACGAUACCCUGAUUUGCAAUAAGUCUAGAGCAGGCUGUCUGGAUUGUGUUGAUGACAUUAUUGCUCUUCUACAGAGACUAGGCUUUUGCAUUAAUGUAGAAAAGUCAGUAUUACAGCCCACACAGACUAUUGAAUACUUGGGAAAUAUUAUUGACACUACUAAUAUGACCAUUUCUUUAACCUGAACACAGAAGUCUGAGAAUCAUUCAAGCCUGUGAAAAACUUAAGGAUAAAAAUAGAGAUAGGAUCAGAGAGGUAGCCAGGGUUACUGGUCUCUUGGUAGCUGCCAUCCCAGCUGCGAAGAUGGGUAAGUUGCAUUAUAGGCAAUUAGAAGCAGAGAGAAUUGCAGCUUUGCGGGUGGAACAAGGCAACUUUAACAGCUAUAUGGCUAUUACAACAGUAAUGAGAACAGACCUUCAAUGGUGGAUUGAUAACGUCUCAACACAAGAUAGGAAAAUUUUCAGAUCUGGCACUGACAUUGAUGUCUACACUGAUGCUUCCAACACAGGUUGGGGGCCAUGUUUACUGUCAGUCUAUCUGUGGUAGUUGGACCGUAGCAGAAAAGUCAAUGCACAUUAAUGCUUUGGAGCUUAAGGCUAUUUUGUUGGUGUUGCAGGUAUUUACUCCUGUUCUUAAAGGUAAACACAUUAAAGUAUUCUGUGAUAACACCACUGCAAUUUCUUAUGUUAAUGAAAUGGGUGGUACAAAGUCUUUCAUUUGCAACGAGAUUGCCACUAAAAUCUGGGACUGGUGUCUCAAAUCCAAUGCUUGGAUUACAUGUUCCC